GCGUGAUUGCUGUUUUCCUCUCUCCUCUGAGGCGUCACAGGCACCCAGUUUCCAUAAUGGAUGAUGAUGGGGGGGUGCAUCUGUGCACUUGGACAAAGUCUCCUAAGAGGGGCGCCCGGGACGUCAUGAAAACAUAUCUUGGAAUAUUUGUGAUGCUCCAUCUCGUGCUCCACACGGAAGCCACGGUUUCCAAGUCGUGCGAUAAAAACUGCUACUCGGGGAAGUGCAUGAACGGAACCUGCGUCUGUGACCACGGAUGGGUCGGGGAUCAAUGCCAGCACUGCCAAGGAAAAUUCAAGUUAACAGAUCUGUCGGGAUUUCUUACAGAUGGGCCAAUAAACUAUAAAUACAAGACCAAAUGCACCUGGCUGAUAGAGGGAUUCCCUAAUGCGGUGCUCAGACUGCGCUUCAAUCACUUUGCCACCGAGUGCAGCUGGGACCACAUGUACGUCUAUGAUGGAGACUCCAUUUACGCCCCCUUGAUAGCUGUCUUCAGUGGUCUAGUGGUACCAGAGACCAGGGGGAAUGAGACGGUCCCAGAGGUGGUGACGACAUCAGGCUACGCUCUCCUCCACUUCUUCAGCGACGCCGCCUACAACCUGACUGGUUUCAGCAUCGCGUACUCGAUAAACUCUUGUCCUAACAACUGUUCGGGCCACGGCCGAUGCAGCACGGCGAACUCGGUGUCGGGCCGUGUGUACUGCGAGUGCGAGGAGUACUGGAAAGGAGAGGCCUGUGACAUCCCUUACUGCAGAGACAACUGUGGCAGCCCGGAUCACGGCUACUGUGACCUGACCGGGGAAAAGCUCUGCGUCUGCAAUGACAGCUGGCAAGGUCCGGACUGCUCUCUCUCUGUUCCCUCAACGGAGGCUUUCUGGAUGCUGCCCAGCAUCAAGCCGUCAGCCCAGUCUCUGGGUCGGGCGUCCCAUCGAGCCCUGGUGCACUCGGGCCUGAUGUGGGGUGGAGGCUACUCCUUCAACUACUCUAACUACCACAUGGUCCUCAAUUACAACCUGGAAACCAGUACAUGGGAUGUGGUGCCCACCAGCAGUGGUCCUCUCUACAGAUAUGGCCACUCUCUGGCUCUGUACCAGGACGACAUCUACAUGUUUGGUGGGAAGCUGGAAGCAGGAUCAGCCAACGUGACAGAUGAGAUGUGGGUGUUCAACAUCCCCCGGCGUACCUGGUCACCACGGAAACCAGUCCCGCCACCUCCUUACGCCCUGGAGGGUCACACUGCCCAUGUGGUGGAGCUGGCCAACGGCGAGCCGGUGAUGCUGGUCUUCUUCGGCUACUCGCCAAUCUACAGCUACAUCAGCAAAGUUCAGGAGUACUACAUCAGGUCAAACUCCUGGCAGGUUGUGUCUGCUAGCGGCGCGGUGGUCCAGGGGGGUUACGGCCACAGCAGUGUGUACGACAAGGCCAGUGGCUGCGUGUUCGUCCACGGCGGCUACAAGGCUCUGAGCAACAACAAAUACGGCCUGGUGGACCACAUGUACCGCUACCACGUCCACACACGCACAUGGCUGAUCCUGAGGGAGAGUGGCUUGGCUCGGUACCUCCACUCUGCUGUCCUGCUGAGCGGCACCGUGCUGGUUUUAGGGGGGAACACCCACAAUGACACGUCGCUAAGCAACGGAGCCAAGUGCUUUUCCGCUGACUUUCUGUCUUAUGAUAUAGCAUGUGAUGAGUGGACUGUCCUUCCCAGGCCUGAGCUGCACAGGGACGUCAAUCGUUUUGGACACUCCGCUGUGGUUAGCAACGGCUCCAUGUAUAUCUUUGGAGGUUUUUCGGGGCUCCUCCUGAACGACGUGCUGGCUUACACUCCUCCGUCCUGCCAGGCUUUCUCUGACCCUGCCCGCUGCGCUGGUGCUGGGCCAGCCCUCCGCUGCCACUGGGUCAAAAGUGGCUGUGUCCCCUGGGAGCCCCUCCAACCCAAUCACAUCGUACCAGCUCCCUUCUGCCCCCCUCGACCCGACAGUACAGACGAGCAGUGUUUCCGGUUCUCAGACUGUGCCAGCUGUACUGCCAACACACGGGGCUGUCAGUGGUGUGAGGACAGGAAGUGUAUCUCUGCCGCCAGCAACUGCACUGUGCUUACUCUGGAGCUGGCCCAGCAGCAUGGCGGCGCUCUGUCUCUGUCUCCCCCUCCGUCUAUGUUGUCUGAACAUCAGCUGAGCUUAUGGAAGCACGGAGCCAGAAGGAGAGGACAUUCGGUGCGGGACCCCUCCAGAUGUAAGCGGAGAGAGGAGCAGGAGUGUUACAGGCUUGCCAACUGCAGGAGCUGCUCGCUAAACCUCAACUGCCAGUGGGAUCCACAGCAGCAGGAGUGUCACGCACUGCCUGGCCAGCUGUGCGGGGAGGGCUGGCAUCACGUCGGGGAGGCCUGCCUGAGGAUCAACUCCAGCAGAGAGAGCUAUGACAACGCCCAGCACUACUGCAAGAACCUGGGUGGAAAUAUUGCCUCACUGCUCACGGACAAACAGGUCGAUUUUGUUCUGGAGGAGCUGCAGAAAUACCAACUACAGGAAAAGAGGUUAUCUCCAUGGGUGGGCCUGAGGAAGAUCAACGUUUCGUACUGGGGCUGGGAGGACACCUCUCCCUUCACCAACACCAGCCUGCGCUGGCUGCCUGGAGAGCCGAGUGACUCGGGCUUCUGUGCCUACCUGGAGCGGGUGCAGGUGGCUGGCCUCAAAGCCAACCCCUGCACCGCCACCACCGAUGGCCUGAUCUGUGAAAAACCUGCUGUGAGUCCGCUGAGCCAGAGCGCCCGUCCUUGCAAGACGCCCUGCGCGCUGCGUACCAGCUGUGCCAACUGCACCAGCCAGGCCAUGGAGUGCAUGUGGUGCAGCAGCACCCAGCGCUGCGUGGACUCCUCGGCCUACGUCAUCUCCUUCCCCUACGGCCAGUGUCUGGAGUGGCAGACCCAGGACUGUAUCGCCCAGAACUGCUCAGGCCUCAGGACCUGCGUGGAGUGCCUUGGCCAGGCGGAGUGCGGCUGGUGUGGGGACCCCAGUGACACCGGCAGGGGGGUCUGCAUCGAGGGCUCUUACCGAGGGCCCCUGAAGCCCGCUAAUGCCAGAGCCGGGGCCCGAGACCGAGAGAGAGACAGGCUGCGGGACAGGGACAUGGUGCUGGACCAGACUCUCUGUUCAGCUGAUAGAGGCUACAACUGGGCCUUCAUCCAGUGCCCCGCGUGCCAGUGUAACGGCCACAGCAGGUGUGUGAACGGCAGUGUGUGCGAGCACUGUGGGAACCUGACGGCUGGGACCCACUGUCAGAGCUGCAUGCCCGGUUACUAUGGAGACCCCACCAACGGAGGGAAGUGCAAUGCGUGUAAGUGUAACAGCCAUGCCAGCGUAUGCCAUGUCAACACAGGGAAGUGCUUCUGCACCACCAAGGGCAUCAAGGGAGACCAGUGUCAACUAUGUGAUUCAGAGAACCGUUACCUAGGUAACCCUCUCCGAGGAACAUGUUAUUACAACCUACUGAUAGAUUACCAGUUUACCUUCAGUCUACUUCAGGAGGAUGACCACUACUACACCGCCAUCAAUUUCAUGGCUACACCUGAACAGGCCAAUAAGAACCUCGACAUGUCCAUUAACGCCUCCAACAACUUCAACUUGAACAUCACCUGGUCCUUAAGCUCCACAGCUGGCACCAUCUCAGGUGAGGAGAUGCCCAUCAUUGCAAGAAACAACAUCAAGGAGCACCGCGACAGCUUCUCCUGCGAAAAGUUCAACUUCCGACUCCACCAUAACAUCACCUUCUUCGUGUACGUCUCCAACUUCAGCUGGCCCAUCAAGAUCCAGAUUGCCUUCUCUCAGCACAACAGCAUCAUGGACCUGGUGCAGUUCUUUGUGACCUUCUUCAGUUGUUUUCUGUCUCUAUUACUGGUGGCUGCUGUGGUGUGGAAAAUUAAACAGACGUGCUGGGCCUCACGACGCAGAGAGCAGCUGAUGAGAGAGCGACAGCAGAUGGCCAGUCGCCCCUUCGCCUCAGUUGCCGUGGCGCUGGAGGUGGGCGGGGAGCAGGAGGAGCUGCUACAGACGGUACCUAAGCCCAUAGCCAUGGAGCCAUGUUGGGGAAGCAGAGCGGGUGUUCUGACGGUGCUACUGUGUUUGCCGAGAGUCCCAUCUGGAAUACCGCCACCAGGACAAUCUGGUCUUGCUAUUGCCAGCGCCCUGGUAGACACAUCACAGCAGAGGGUGAUGGACUUCAAAGACAAAGGUUUGGGUCUAAAGCACCGCAAACAACACACUGUGCAUCACCAAGGGACCUGUGUUUGAACCAGGUGACAACAUAUCUAUCAUGCCCGUAGGAGGGAUUUUACUGGAGGUAUUUUUUUAAACUCUUCUCAGACAGAAGGAAACAUUGUGACCUGAGUCAAAGAAUCUAAAAAAACAAAACAAAACAGGGUUUGAAUGAUGAUAGACCAUUUUGGUUGGGAGAAUGGGAGGUUGUAAUCACUAUGCCAUCAACGGACAUAAAGGGAAAAUGGAGCUUACAGUCCCUUUAUACUUUUUCGUCGACAUGAUUUUUCCUGUUUGUGUUGGACUCUGAGAAUGCCGCAGAGCUGCCUGAAACAAAACAUAAACCUUAUCAAUGACUGUCAACGAGAAUGUGUGUCUCCUCCUUACCUUUGUCAACCCUCUGAUGAUGAAUUUCUGACUGGAGGCAUCCCUUGUACUUGCCUGGGGCUCUGCUGCUUUAUCAGGGCUCGACUCGCCGCUGUCUGCCACAUUGACAAAGAACAAAGACUUAUUUUUUACACCGAUAAACCAAACCAAACGGCUCAGAGCUCCACUGAAUGAUAUUGAGCCGGAAUUAACCGAGCUGAACUGAACUGCUCUGGCCUUGUUACAGACCCACUUUGUUUGGCAGGGCAACAUGCAACGGACCGGUUUAGAUCAAUGCAAAACAGUGUUGUGGAUGUUCCUUCUGCGACUGAGGAAAAGAAGUCUCCUCUGGGAAUUUUAAAGACUACUGUUAUUGUGAAAUUGGGGAACUGCAUCUUGCUAUGAAGAUAUUGGAUGUAACAGUUGUUGUCAAAAUGUUAUGCUUUGUGUUGUUUAUGAAAUACAUAUGAUUUCCCCCCCCCCUGCACCAAUGUUUUAGAUUUUGAUAUCUGCUCAGGUCUUCUGCAAUGGAAAGGUUCCAUCAACUAUAGCUAGGGGUUUGAUGCCUGUGGAAGCUAUGGGCCUUAAACACAUCUGUAUGCACUAAGAAAUGCUUUACCACUAAGUUACAGCCCCACGUGGGAUACUAUUAUGCAACUGAUCAUCCAAAUGUAAAUGUUUAUUCUGGGCUAUCAUCUAACCUCAAGGUCGUUGUCAUCAAACACAUAUUGUACUACUGAUGGUAUUCGAUUGCCUAUUAAUUCAUUUCUUACUGUGAAUCUACAGUAUCUUUCCUCAACAUGUCCUCCAGUAAGUAUCACGCCUGUUAAGUUUACUUGUGAUCUAACAAAGUUUUAUGUAACAUAUCUCCUUAUGUAUUAUGGUCUGUAUUUAUUAAUUCUAAUUAUGCAACUUACAGCUACAAACAAUAAUUUUGUUUACAAGUGCACUAAGGUUUUUUUUUUUUAAACAAACUAAAUAUUUGAU